CGAAGAAGUCAUCGAAUCGCUCUCUGAACUCGACGGUGACUUGAGAGCAUUCCACGACGAGCUCACAUCCCGGUGACGAUAUCGGUAUUGCCUGUUGUGGUGUUCGCUUUUGUCGUUAGCGGCCCGUACACUGAGCUUGCGUGCGGAGACGAAGCAGGAUCCUGCCGGGAAGAGACAUGCCGACCUCAACAUCAGCGUCAGCGGAAUCGUCGGGAAAUAAUGUCCCGGCGUUCCUCAGUAAAUUGUGGCGUCUCGUUGAAGAUCCCAAAUACGAUCAGACUAUCUCGUGGAGCGACUCAGGACAGAGCUUCAUCAUACAUGAUCAGACCCAGUUUGCGAGAGACGUUCUACCUCUGUACUUUAAGCACAACAAUAUGGCGUCUUUCAUCAGACAGCUCAACAUGUACGGAUUCCGUAAGGUUGUCAACGUCGACAGUGGGGGUCUCAAAGGAUACAAGGAGGACAUCGAGUUCUAUCACAACUCGUUCAUUCGCGGACAGGAAGCUGCCCUGGAAUAUAUCAAGCGAAAGAUUCCGACCACGACAACGGCUGCGAUCUCAGCAGUACCUCACGAUCAGGAGCUGCGAACCGAACUCGUUCGGGAACUCUUGACUGACGUGAAUCAGCUGCAGGGGAAACAAGAGAGGGUUGACACUCAGCUCGAUGAAAUGAAACGAGAGAACGAAGCCCUCUGGCGUGAAGUGGCUGUCCUGCGACGGAAACAUUUGAAGCAGCAGCGAAUCGUAGAGAAACUCAUUCAGUUCCUCGCCAGACUUGUUCAACAGGCGCGUUCAGGAAACUCAGAACACAACAUCUCGAUGAAACGGAAGCACUCGCUGAUGUUGGACGCCGUGGAACCUGAGACGCGGAUUUCGGCGAUCGAUAGCGGGCCCAUCAUCAGCGACAUUACCUACGAGCAAGCACUGAACGACCCACGAGUCGAUGCUGACACCUCCAACGGGGAUGGAAAUAACGCCCUCUCAAUAGCGCGGUCGAAUGCGGCGCCUUCACCGUCAGUUGACGGCUUGAUCACCUCACCGGCUAGCGCGGCAGAUUUGGCGGACGAAGUUGUGCUCUGCGAGAACCUUUUCGAUGAGGAGGUCGAUCUAGCUCCGUGUGUGGAAUCGGCCGUGGCAACGUCUCGGGGCAGUUCCUUCCAGUUACCAAACUCUCAUCUCCGGACGCCUGAGGAACAGGACGCUCAAGAUUUCGAUAAGUUCGACUUCGAGCAGACGUUGAAUACCCCCCAACACGACUGGGACGAUCAGAACCCGAUUCCGGGAACGAGCUCAAAGCAAACCUCGGGACAGCUGAUGACGUCGACGACUGCUGAUCCGGGGCUGCAGGUUGCUCUGAAAAAUUCGAACAACACUGUCCUCAAAGCUGAAGUCGGCAAGAACACGGACACUCUCGAAGGGUCACAAUCCGGUUCCGGCGAUAUUACACCUUCGUCCCAGCAUGCAAAGGAUACUCUCAACGAUCAUCUGGAAGGCGUCGACUCAGAGCUCGACUGGCUCCAGCAGCAGCUGACGGCCGGAGGACUCAGCAUCGACAACAACACUCUCUUGAACAUCUUCGAUACCGAUACGAACUUGAAUCCCGACUUCUGUCUGGAGCUGUGAUCGAGUCGCAAUGAGCGCUAUGUUCCCCCGGAUGUGGGAUGCUUAUUGAGUUGUUCCCCCGAUUGGUGAUGAACCGAUCCAAGACUUCUUUAUCAUGCCAACGAACAAACGUUGGAGACUUCAUUAUCCUCAUUGCAUAAAAUGAACUUCCACACCCUAAUUUCAUCAUUCUGUUUUCCUUGAUCACGAAUCACGACCCGAUAUUCGACCCCCUCUUUGACUUCGGAUUCGCCUAUGGAUUGUUUCGACGAUGAAGCCAUGAAGGAUGGCGGCGUGGUCACGCGUCUUGCAAACGUCCACUCAUCGGGAGGAUGAGCAUUCUACCCCCUCGCCUCGGAGCGGUCUGUCUUGACGUCCGAUCGAUGACUACCCAUCCACGAAGUUCGUCUUUGCGUCAUUGAAUGACUUUGAUGUCGUAUGGAGCGCUUUAUAUAUCAGAGGCGGAGUCGGGUGCCAUGAUGAAUCGCGUCCUCGAUGUAGGUAAAAUUUCUCUCCCAGCCGCCGAUUUCUCCCGAUCGGAAUCUAUCGCGAUGGCCCCCGGCACUCGAGGAGCCGGUACGACAGCGCCAAUAGAGCGAAAACCAGUAGGAAAAAUCAAAUAUCAUGAGGAUAAAACUCGCUCCAGUAAGACAUGCUUCAUCAUCCCCGAUUGCCCUUUACUACAUUUGUCGUUUUCCCUGUCUGCCGCGAAUCAUGAGGCGAGUCGCUAGAUUAGUAAUCGUUGACUCCAUAAAAAGAGCUCGUAGUAUGUAUAAUUCGAAGUGUAGCGGAGUGAUCUCCACACAGGGAAGGCGAUUCAAUUCGAGGAGUACUCUCAAGAAGCGCUACACGAAGUUGUUGUUAGUCCCAAUAAAGAUGUUCAG